CGUGCUCUUAGAUGAAAGGAACGUGCGAUGCAAUUGAAUCCAAGUAGACAAACUGAAACGCACUACUGGAUUACCCUCUUUUGGUGUGCCUUAGGUGGUUUGAUAUUGGGUGGAAUUGUUGUAAUUUCAUACUGGAUAAGACGAUGCAGGACACUUGCAGCGAGGUCAACGUCCCGGCAGCGUCGCAUCCGGAGCCGGAGCUCAUCAUCAGCUGCCACCGGGAUCAGCGGGAUCAGUGCCAUCGGAAUAAUCUCCAGAGGGAAAGCAAAGUCAUCACCCGAUCACAAUCAUCGGCGUCGACCGCGCCGCAUGCUCCAGUGCAUCAACUGAAGCAGCAGCAAUCUCUGCCCACACCUCUAACCCAGCAGCCCAGCCACAAUCCGCACCACAAUCCCCAGACCCCCAAGUCCGUCUCCAUUCUCGUCUACAAGACCUUGAACACGGUCUUCAAGAGCAGUCGCAAGAUCAUCGUUCGUGUGUGUGAGGUGGCCAGCGCCAAGAAGUCCUUCACCAUGUUCAAGUUCAACAAGGCCGCUCAGCAGCAGCGGAUCGACAAUCGGAACAGUGCCGUCACAGGACACGAUCCCUUCGUCCGACCACCAGUGCCCGAAAAGAAAGUGAGGAACAUUAUGAAGAAGCUGCACAAGGCGAACGGCCUGAAACGCUCCAACUCGGCAAUCGAGUUCGAUGUCUCGGCCCUGACAGCUGCCAAUCGCCGACAGAUCUAUAGUAGCAAUCGGUCGGCGAGCUCGGAGCAAGAUAACUCAGAUCUAUCCGAGCACUCGGAGAAAUCGCCGCUGGUUAGCGCGAGGUUAGACAAUCUAGCUAGGCUCUUCUUUAGCAAGUCGAUGCCAGCGGAAACCGGAAGUAGAGAUACCAUAGAUUCAGUACUGACAACAAGACCCAACAUAAAGUAUCAGUACUCCGCCUUGGACAGUGGCAAUGGGAUCGUGGAGCGAAGUCCCCGGGAGCGGGCUCAGAGGGAAAAGGCCCUGAAUGCCACUCAAGAAUGGAUUCAGGGUGCCAAUGGGCGCUACGAAGUGAUUGCCCACCUGGAUGAGAUCGGUUCGAGGCAUGGCAAGAACUGGUUUCUUGUCACAGAUGCCUCGGUUCGCACGGAUCGUCUACAGACUCUGCUACCUCUGCCUCCCGAUUGUGUGGCCUUCGAGGAUCUCCCGCCCAACGAAUGCGCCAGGGAAAUACUCAUGGAACUCCUGGGCUCGCUGCAUCAUCCGUACAUAUAUCCCGUUCUGGAUUUGGGCUUUUUGCGCAACAGCUCGUAUAACUACGCCUGCCUGGUGACGCCAUUUAAUUCGCGGGGCAGUCUUAAAGAUCUCAUAUAUAAGGCGCAGUGGAAUGAGCCGUGGGCCAGGAAGUACACGCGUAAGCCAAAUGGCUUACCGGUGAGCCAGGUGCAGCGCCUGGGACGACAGAUCCUGGAGGCACUGCUCUUCCUGAAGGAGCGCGGUUUUCCGCUUCACGGUCACCUGCACAGCGGCAAUGUCAUCCUGCAGAACGGGGCAGCCAGGUUAUCGGGCCUGGAGAACGGCCUCCUGGGCCUCAGUUCGCGCAUUAACGCCGUCAUGUGGUCCCGCUCGGUCACCGAGAUCGAGAACGUGGACAUCGUCUGCUUUGGCCACCUGCUCUACGAGAUGUGCACGGGCCAGGAGCUGACAACCCCCAAGCCGUCCAUGCGGGUGCUCGAGAUGGAGCUGCAGCACUAUCCACAAAUUGGCCAGAUUCUGGAGAUAUUAGGUCUAAUCUUUGAGCCGCCUAGCGGUGUCUGCCCCUCCGUUGAGGACUUAGUCCUAUGCGAUCUAUUUCGCAGCAUCGAUUUGCGCGAGCUUCGCGGUCCCUGUUUCAGUACAAUUAAGCCGAGCCUCAGCAGGUCCACCCUGAACCUGCUGCAAGCGGUAAAGAAGCGCCAAUGCGCCUCCCUGGGCCACUCCCUCAGUGAGGCCAACUCGCCCUGUACGCCCCCUUCGACGCCGCACGAUCGACGAACAGGUAUCAGCCGAACAAUGGACUCAUUUGACAUAUCAAGCGAUUCGGAGGAGGGUCUCCUGGAGGAGAUUGUCGUCGGUGGUAGCUGCCAUCGCCAGCACUUGCUUCGCCUGCAGCAGUGGCACUCCGCCCACUCAUAUGUGCACUCGUAUGCCUCGGAGUCGCCGAUUCACUAUUGUGACCCUGCGGCCGUCUAUUCGGAUGAUAAUAGCCAGGAGCCGGGUCAGGAUCCCCAGCCACCGACCAUUCGAUGUAGCACCAGUAGUCAGAGCAAUCUGGAUGUCCUUCUGGCUGAGGGAGCCGCGGAAGAGGUAUACGAGGAGCAGGAGGAGGAGGGUUUUGAGCAAGAAGAGGAGGCAAGUGGCUCCUCGGGAACGCAGAGGCUUCAGGCUCCCGCCUGCACUUCGUCGGCUGCUGGGGCCUCCUUCAACCAUCAACUCACUGCCGAUAUGUGCAACUAUAAGAACUCGAAGAGCAGGAGGUUGGAGUACUCCCUCAAGUGUCUCAAGUAUGGCCGCAGUAAUCCCUCCCAGGACUCAGCCUUUGGCUCUCUGACCGACAACGACCUGUCCAUUGGAUCGUCCAGUAUUAGGUUGAGCAGCUUUCAGUCCAUUUCAUCGCCCAUUGACGAGGGCGUCGAGGAUGUCAUCAUAGCCACCACCACAGGUGGUAAUGAGACCUGCCUGGAACUUGCCACCAUUCCUAGGAGUAUGGUCUCCCAGGACUCGGCGAUUUCAUCGCCCUGUCGCGAGAGUUCCCCCAACAACUUCCUGCACAUUGACGAUGCCAUGUCGGGAACGGGUUCAACUUCCUCUGGCUCUAAUUGUGGCUCCUUCGGAAAUAUACGUCCCCAACAAUUUCCUGUUUCGCUUUCACCAAAGAUUUUGGUAACGGCCACCAGCAAUUCGAGCAAUUCGUCCUUGGCAUCCAGCAGCAAUGCGGGUCAAGGUCAGGCCCAGGGUCAUGGACAGGGGCAUCCCCAGCAGCAGUUUGAUCCGCCCAAGAUUCUAGUCAACGAUCAGAACUCCAUCUACACCACAUCGCCCUCGAAGCGAUCGGGGAUGAUAGAGGUGUUCUCACAAAAAUAUCGGUGUCCCUUCCAGGUGAGCUCCUUCGAGGACAUGUCCCCGAAGCGAACCUCAGACAAGCAGCACCUGAAGCAUGUGAAUCGGCUGGCCUUUCGUUCCUUGGAGGAGGAGCGUCGGAUCGACAAUGCCUUUCUGCCGAUGGCAGAUCGCACCCACUCGGACAAUCGCGUUAAUAUGCAGAGCGAGAAGUACAAGAAGCUCACGCACGCAUCGUUCCGCAUCAGCAAAGGUCAAGGUCAGGACUCGCCCACGGCCACGCCCACCAGCCAAACGUCCCCCGGUCAGCCUGGCACUUGCAUUGAGAUGCAACGAACCGGAAGGCAGACCCUCUGGCGGGACAGCAAGUUCUACCGGAAGAACAGAAUCGCCAAAAGCAACGACUCCCUAAUGGAAAACAAUCCUUCGCCCAGGAUAUCGCCGUGCUCCUUGCGGGAUAAUCAGUACGAGAGCAGGAGCAGUUCCCAGGCCAGCAGGAGAUCGCUCAGUGGUAGUCAGCAAAUGCUGAGUGUCACCACCAGUUUCUGCGGCAACGGCAGUGCCUCCAGAAAUUCGGCCAGAUACUGCAGCUCGAAGAGCGAGGACUUGGGCGAGUCCUCCGACUAUCUGAGAGUUAUGGAUGCACGGAAAUCGUACUCCGAGCGGCACCUGGUGCGACUCAAGCAGACGGCCAUAAACAACACGCACAGCGAGGACGAUAUGAGCUUCAACGAUGACAAUAAUCAAACGGUAUCAUCGCAGGGUCAGGGGUUACGGCAAUGCGGCAUCCAGUACAAUCAGAAGGAGCACCACCAGAAGCACUAUCAGGGUGGCAGGUGGAGCAGCAGCUGCUCCAUUGGCGGCCACCUGAAGACGACCAAUAUUAAGACCACCUCGCUGUCAGCUCAGUCCAGCCAAUCGAAUUUAGUGGCCACCUCGGCAACUGCCAGCUAUCGCACACCAUCCAAGUCCCUCGACCAGAGCAUCGCCACCAUCGCCAUCCCGAGCAUCCGUGCCACCACCCAAAACAACACCGCCCAGAAUAGCACCACCAAGGGCAGCAGCACCACCAGCAGUGACAGCAGUAGCAGCACCACCAGCUCGGUGGACGAGUCCCCGUCGAGACACACACUCAGCGGAGCUGACCUCUCCAGGAUCUUCGUGAUGGACAUGGACGAUGCACCGGGCAGCACAUGCAGCGAAGAGAAGACUCCGCUUCUGGACAGUGUGGAAAUGUCCCCGAUGAGUCCAACCGAUCCAGAGGAACCCGACCUGGACAAGCUCUAAUGGCCAUCCCGAUAACACUAUGUACACGCACUUACAGAUACGUUUUGAGCAGCCGAAAUGCAAAGCAUGUGAUAAAGAAACCAAAUAUUGAUGAAAUCGAACGGGGAACCAUCAAGUUAUAGAACUACUAGGCUAGGUACGAGAUGGUAGAGGGAGAAAGUUGUCUAAAAGAGUUAUCGGCAUAAAGGUAUUGAGUUUUAUAUUACAAAGAUAAACACCUCUACUUUCAUUUUCCUCUGAGACAUCUUGUAUAUGUAUAUUUUAAAUACAAGUACUACAAACUUAUCACAGAGUUCAGUACCUAACCGUUUUAAUAUUCUGUAUGGCCUUUAACCUUUCCCGAAAACUCUUUUACUACGGCUUUCUCCAUGCCAGUGUUGGUUGAGGUGAAGCAAUUCUAAUCUGAGUUCGACACAAACACAUACACCCACUCACAAUUAUAUAAUUGGCUGCCCCGCCUUUGCUAAAUCCACACGUCUACACUCAAAGCUUUCUUCUGGUAACAAUAAUAUUUUUCUCUUUAUAUUGAACUUUAGCCGAUUGCUUUUACAGCAAUUCGAAGUAAACUAGAAUACAUAUUUCUUUACUAAAGCUAAUCUCUAGACUGCUAAGCCACGAGACAACACAGAAAAACAAAAGGAGUACCAUCCUGCUGAUUAGUUGUUUUUUAAACAAAUUUAAAGGAAACCCGUUUUCGAAUUAUACGGAAUUAUACACUUUACUUGGUAGUUAAUUGAAUAGUUAAGACUUAAAAGCUUCGCAGCUUGGCGCAUUGAAAAUGUUUUACUGUAGCUUAAAAUCGUUUUAAGCUCCCAGUGGAGCGUGUUUUAAAUAUAAAUUAAAAAAUGAACAUAUUCUAGGGAACUAAGUCCAAAAGAACCUUAAUCGAUCAAACAAAGCCAAAGAAAGUUAGCCCAUUCAAUGGAGAAUCCAAGGCAGAGUUGAAAGUAUCCAACAUAUAACGAACAAUUUAGAUUUCUUUAGUCUUUUAUCCUUUGUUCCGAAUUUACACAUUAGCCAGCACUUCAAUAUCGCAACGGAGACAUAAAUUUUACUCCAUAAGAGUUAAGCAUUGUCGUAUAAAACGGUAAACAAUAAAACAAUACAGAAAUGCAAUCAACUUUACUAAAAUAUCGGAAACAAAAAUAUCACAAACGCCACACACAAUCGAACACAAAGUAAAUGUACUCACUAAAGAUCAUAUAUAUAGAAGAUAAUAUUAGACGCACGCACUUGACUAAGACGAUCAAGAUUCGAAUCCCGAUUCAAAACCCAGCCCCACCCGACCUAUUUGAAUAACUCAAAUGAUCUGCCACAGAGUCGCCCUUAGUUUGAUUAUUCGUAGCUAAUGAAUGCGUAAAACAUUGUUUAUGGGACCCUCUAGAAUGUAUAUGUAUGUAUCCCCAAUAUCUUGUAAGUUAAUUUGCUUGGAAUUGUUUGUGUAUCCACUUAUGUAACCCCAAAAAUGGAGAAGCCCUUGAGAACUAACAAAUAAACGAGAUAACGACGUA